GACGUCCUUGGUGUCUGUCUGAAAGGAAUUAAGGCAUUACCGAGUCACAUGCAUGAGAAAAACUCGGAGUGCAAUUAUUUGCAAAUGGAAGAAAUAUGGCAAUGGCAACAACGUUUAAUAGCGUGGAACAACGAGUGAAUGACUUGCUAGCACCUCCUGUCUUCAACGAAGACGAUACUAUAUCCAAAGAGCUCCUGAAGUUGUCGUUGAAAGAACGCAAUGCGCUGGAAGAAGAAAUACACGGCGUGCGUUCUUUGAAUCCGGAUGAAACGCCUCAUCUUGUCGAUAGGAGCUUACGAGAUUUUGAUCAAAAAUUGCUGUUAGUCGCAGAAGAAAGACAGCGAACUAGAGAAAAGAAGAUUCUGACUUUACACGGAUUUGAUAAUAGCGAAUGUUUUAAAAGCAACGACGUCCUCAGGAACGUGAGAAGAAUCUAUCAAAAUUGCAACGGUCAGAAAUCAAAAAUAACAAUUCCUCCUUUGUGUGAUUGCUAUGUGAACGAUCCGGCGAUUCGAUUGGUUUUUUUGCGAGGCGAACUUUUUGAUGUGGAAAAAGCCGUUCGACGAUUUAUAAAUUUUCUGGAACUCACCUCGGAGCUGUUUGGUGAUUUCGUGGCCCAUCGCGAGAUUCGGAUUACCGAUUUCAGAACCCCAGAAGAACGAACAGCCCUUCGGAACUCAAGGCAGCAAAUGCUACCGUUUCGGGAUCGGAGCGGACGUCAAGUCUUUGUUUGCAUCGGAGAUUGUGGAACUGGACUUCCCGCAAAAUUGAGAUUCAAGAUAAGGAUGAUGUUGUUUUGGACCACUACGAAAGAUAUCCAAACACAACGCAAGGGUCUUGUCUUCAUUUGCUGGCCUUCGUCUGAAAUUUUAUCAAAACUCAGCAAGAGCGAUCUACUGUACCGUCAAAAAUUUAUGGACGCCAGACCGGUGCGCUUCGUUAGUUGGCACAUUUGUUGUCAAGAUACCCCAAUGUGCAGGGCUAUAGGAACUCUAUGGGUUGUUUCCUCGAGGCCCGACGUUCGAGUUUGCACAAAAGUUCAUAUUGGUGAGUCUACAGGAGAAUGAAUUACUCGAUCCCUUGUUUCGAAGCUAAAUUCAAAUAAUAGAACCAUAAUCAGUAUGGAUCUAACAAAUUUGUCGCAUUUGUUGGUGGGGACCUAUCUCUCGGAUAACAUGACAUUGAAUUUAUUCCUAUUAUUCUCUAUUGAAAGGUGGACUGAUCGAAACGCAAUACAUGUUGCAUGGAUUUGGGAUUCCUUUGGACAUAAUACCCCUUUCGCAUACUGGCACAAUAAAAACAGCGAAUCAUA